GACGCAGAUGUACUCCAACCUGCAGUCCCGUCUGCGGGCAUAUCGCUCAACACUUCCGGAGAUUUCUGCUGCACGAGACACAUGCACAAUUAAGGAUUUCUCUAUUUAUAAGCCGCGCACUUCCUUUUGUACACUGAAUGGGAGGACUAGUUACUCCGAACCAGGCAAGUGCCUUCCCCAAUUUUUUCGGACACUUUCCUCGUGGUGGUUUCAGCUGUUUGUCACCCUACUUCUCUGGAUUGUCGCCAUACGUCUCGAAUUCGGAGCUGUCUGGUUUGUCUUCGCCUGUCUCUAUUGGUUGUGCGUAAAGGGCACCGAUAAACACCGUCGCCCACGCAACCCGGACGAGCAAGUCAUCUCUGCCGGUUUCUUUUUCGACUCAUCCCCCACCCCCUUAGCCGGCAUGUCUACCAAUUAGCUACCUCGUAGGCGUGAAAGCAUCCAACAACAAAGUUUUUUCAUCGUCAGUACACAUUGGUUACGCCCUUGGGAAAACUGAACCAUCUUUUGUCAACUUUCGUUUCACUCUCGUUGUUCCCUGUCCUUUCCCUCAUCGUUGGGCCUCACGCAGCCUAACCUUUUCUCUCGUAUGCUUCCCUAAUACUUCUUGUCUGUGAUCCUAUUGUAUUGCAAUCGCGCACACCAUUGUUCAAGGCCUCUUUUGGGCACUUGAUACUCUUCACUGUGGUGCUCUUCCGUUGUGCGUCCUAAUCGAUUGUGCUAAAUGAACCUUGGAGCGUCGGGCUUCAGCUGGCCUACCUUGUCUUUCUUUUCAUCAUAAACAUUCAGUUUGAUGAUGCAGCUGAUCACUUGAAGUUGUUUGGAGUGUUCCGAUUACGUUCUCAGUUUAUGUAUCCCCUUAUUGAAUAUCAACUUUUUCAAUCCAUCUGGCUGUGAUUUUUUGGCUGUGGAAAGCCUAUUUAUGGCUUCCUGACUGUC